AUGUCCCGAGCAGUCGAUAAACUUUCCGCUCCCGCGGAGGCGCGUUCGAUGAAAGUUAUUGGACUUGGUCCUAGCCGUACUGGAACUCUAGGUUUAUGGCAAGCAUUGAAAACCUUGGGGUAUGCCCCCUUUCACAUCUCGGAGCUUUUGCCGUAUGGGUUCCAGCAAAUGAGGGCUCUCCAAGAGGCUAUCCUGGCCAAUGACAGUGACAAGCCAUUUCAACGGGCAGAGUUUGACAAGCUUUUCGCCGGUUAUGAUUGCAUUAUCGAAAGCCCUUGCUAUCUCUGCCCAAGCAUCAUCAAAGAGUACCUGAACGACCCGGAUGUCAAGUUCAUCUUGACGGAGCGCACUCCAGAGUCCUGGGCCAAGUCAAUCGCGGGAUCACUCGGCGCGUACCAUGCAAAGCUAGCGAAGCCGCCCUUAUCGAUUGCCAGGUACUUUGACAGCUUCAUCUCGGAGCUCACUGCACUUUUCAGGGCCAUGACGCACAGGUGGUCGGGAGGACUGGAACCCAGCGAGCCCGGUUUCAAUGAAGCGCUAUCCAAAAGCUAUGUUGAAUACCUAGAGAGUGUGAAAGCUCUUGUCCCUGCCGACAAACUUUUGGUCCUGAACCUUGAAAAGGGAUUCGGCUGGGAGGAAAUCUGUACGUUUCUGGGCAAAGAAGUUCCCAACGAGCCAUACCCGCGGAUCAACGCCAUGUCCGACUUCCAUGUCGCCGCAGAGAUGGUUGUGUCGCCCGCGAUCAAAAAGACGAUGCGUAUUCUCUCUUCCUCAGCUGUUGCUAUCGCCGGUGUCGGUAUUUGGUAUUGGCAGAGAAAGAGGUAG